AUGAACGCAGAAGCAGCGCGAUUCCCAGCGACGAACUCCAUCCACACACACCACAUACCUUUCGAGUUCUCAUAUCUCGCCUACACGCAGCAAGUGGCUGUCGACCCUACGACUUCUGGUGUCUGGACCGCCGCGUGGCCUGGUGCAACUCUGUGUACGUUCUCCAAGCUCUUUGGUCGAGAUCAGCAGAAGCAAUCAGACGAAAACAUGAGUCCCUUACCAGAGGAAUUCGACAUCAUUGUAUGCGGCGGAGGUAGUUGUGGGUGUGUUGUGGCUGGCCGUUUGGCCAACUUGGACCACAACUUGAAGGUCUUGCUCAUUGAGGCGGGCGAAAGCAACCUCAAUAAUCCAUGGGUCUUUCGUCCGGGGGUUUACCCCCGUAACAUGAAGCUGGACUCAAAGACGGCGUCGUUCUAUGAGUCUCGUGCAUCACCGUGGCUUGGUGGCAGGAAGGCUGUCGUACCCUGCGCACAUAUCCUCGGCGGCGGCUCUUCUAUCAACUUCUUGAUGUACACGCGCGCGUCAGCCUCAGACUACGAUGACUUCCAGGCCAAGGGAUGGGAAACCAAGGAGCUCCUCCCCCUCAUGCGAAAGCAUGAGACCUACCAGCGAGCUUGCCAUAAUAAGGAUCUGCAUGGCUUCGAGGGGCCUAUCAAAGUGUCCUUCGGCAAUUAUACAUAUGGGGUCAAAGACGACUUCUUGCGAGCUGCCGAGUCCCAGGAUAUUCCCGUCGUCGACGACUUGGAGGACCUGGGUACUGGCCACGGUGCUGAGCAUUGGUUGAAAUGGAUCAACCGAGAUACUGGUCGUCGCAGUGACAGUGCUCAUGCCUACGUCCACUCAACUCGGGCUGUCCAUGACAACCUGUACUUGGCAUGCAACACCAAGGUGGACAAGAUCAUCAUCGAAGACGGACGUGCUGUGGGCGUUCAGACAGUCCCAACCAAGCCUCUUCAUCCAGCCCAGCUAAAGACUCGCAUCUUCAAAGCGCGAAAGCAGAUUAUUGUUUCGGGAGGCACACUAUCAUCGCCGCUCAUUCUGCAAAGAUCGGGAAUUGGUGAUCCCGAGAAGCUGAAGAAUGCUGGCGUUGAGCCGAUCGUAGACCUUCCCGGCGUGGGCCUCAACUUCCAGGAUCACUACCUGACCUUCGCAACAUACCGCGCCAAGCCAGAGACCGAUAGCUUCGAUGACUUCGUUCGCGGAGUUCCCGAAGUCCAGAAGCAGGUGUUUGACCAGUGGCAGUUGGAUGGCACCGGUCCGCUCGCUACCAAUGGCAUCGAUGCUGGUGUCAAGAUCCGGCCAACUGAGGAUGAACUCAAAGAGUUUGAGUCGUGGCCCACUCCACAAUUCACUGACGGCUGGAAGUCUUACUUCAAAGAGAAGCCUGACAAGCCAGUCAUGCACUACUCUGUUAUAGCGGGUUGGUUCGGCGACCACAUGCUCAUGCCACCCGGAAAGUUCUUCACCAUGUUCCAUUUCCUGGAGUACCCUUUCUCCCGAGGCUUCACUCACAUCAAGUCGGCCGAUCCUUACGCUACCCCUGACUUCGACGCUGGCUUCAUGAACGACGAACGAGACAUGGCCCCCAUGGUAUGGGGCUACAUCAAGUCCAGAGAAACAGCCCGCCGCAUGGACGCCUACGCCGGCGAAGUCCAAGCAAUGCACCCCUUCUUCAACUACGAGUCUGCCGCCCGCGCCAACGACAUGGACCUCGAGACCACCAAGCGCUACGCCCUCCCCGGCAAUCUGAGCGCCGGCCUCCAGCACGGCAGCUGGAGCGUGUUCAACCCGCAACCGACCCGGAAGCCGCAGGACAACAUCCUGAACAGCAACAAGGCCGACAUCAGGGAGGACCUCAAGUAUAGCUCGGAUGACAUCAGCGCCGUUGAGGAUUGGGUUAAGCGACAUGUUGAGAGUACUUGGCACUGCUUGGGGACUUGCUCGAUGGCCCCGAAAGAAGGCAACAGCAUCGUCAAGCAUGGCGUGCUGGAUGAGCGUCUGAACGUCCAUGGUGUCAAGGGGUUGAAGGUUGCCGACCUUAGUAUCUGUCCCGACAACGUGGGGUGCAACACCUAUUCGACUGCACUGCUCAUCGGCGAGAAAUGUGCGGUGCUCGUAGCUGAAGAUCUCGGGUACUCUGGAGAGGCUCUUGAUAUGAAGGUUCCGACCUACCAUGCUCCGGGAGAAAGGGUAGGCCUCUCCUUCCGCGUCUAG